CACAAACACCCCCCAGAUCCCGAAUCAAUCGCCCGAAACAACAAGUCAAAGAAAGAACCCACCUUUCUUCCUCCAUGCCCAUGGGCGAGCAAUCCCUCUCCCAGCCUCACCCCAAUCCCCAUCCCCUCUCCCCAUCGCCGCCUCCCGCCUCCGCCACCGCCGCAUCGAGCUCCCGCGCGGCUGCCUCCCGCGCGAAGAAGCCCCACUCGUCAAACUCUUCCGGCCCCGGCGCGUCCAAGAAGCCCCGCCUGGCGGCGGCGCAGUGCGCCCGCGGGCGGCCCCUGUCCGCCGACGGCGAGGUGGCCGCGGCCAUCCGGCACCUGCGCGCGGCCGACACGGCCUUGGCCCCCGUGAUCGACGCGCACGACCCGCCGGUCUUCCACUGCCCGCACCGCCCCUUCCACUCCCUCGUCCGAUCCAUCCUCUACCAGCAGCUCGCCUUCAAGGCCGCCGCCUCCGUCUACUCCCGCUUCCUCGCGCUCCUCGGCGGCGAGCCCCAAGUGCUCCCCGACGCCGUCCUCUCGCUCUCCGAGGACCAGCUCCGCCAGAUCGGGGUAUCCCCGCGCAAGGCCUCCUACCUCCACGACCUCGCCCGCAAGUACGCCUCGGGCAUCCUCUCCGACACCUCCGUCGUCGCCAUGGACGACCGCUCCCUCGCCUCCAUGCUCACCAUGGUCAAGGGCAUCGGCGCCUGGAGCGUCCACAUGUUCAUGAUCUUCUCCCUCGCGCGCCCGGACGUGCUCCCCUCCGCCGACCUCGGCGUGCGCAAGGGCGUGCAGCUGCUCUAUGGCCUGGACGACGUGCCCCGCCCCUCGCAGAUGGAGAAGCUCUGCGAACGGUGGCGCCCCUACCGCUCCGUCGGGGCCUGGUACAUGUGGCGGCUCAUCGAGUCCAAGGCGGCACAGAUUGCGCCGGCUAACCCUGUCGUGCCGCCCGCGCUGCCUGUGCCUGGUGACGAGUUCAUGCUCGAGGAACAACAGCAGCAGCAUCAACAGCAACCAACUGCCAUCCAGAUGAUCGAUCAGGUUCAGAUGCUUCCAGGAUUGGGGUGAAUUCGGUAUCAUUCGUUCCUGCUCAUUACUUCCUGGUGUUAGAUGGAUGGUUACUGUCUGAAUCUGUUGCCUGCUUCGUGUAUCAUUGUUCUGUAUUGGCCGAGAAGUGUAGUGCUCAAAGUGAGUAUCUGGAGGCAACUUUUUAUUCAAUUAGUUGGCUUUAUGUUGUCGGUUCAUCUGUGCUAAGAGUAUGGAUAUCGGGAUUUGUUUUUCUUUUAGAUUAUGUACAAACCAUUCCUAGUAUUUAAGGGUCUCCUCUUUGGAGUUGUGAAUGUUUGCAGUUUAUCUGUAUUAAGUUCAUUCCGAAGCAUGACAAAAUCAUCUGAGCUAUGAGUAUGGACAUCAGGGUUUGUUGUUCUUUUAGAUCAUGUAAAAACCAUUCCUAGUAUUUAAGAAUCUCCUCUCCUCUUUGCAGUUGUGA